GAGGCGUCAGCCGUCACGCGGAAUUGCCUGUUUUGGCAGCUACACCGACACGCCCAAUUUGGAAGGCAUCGAACUGCGAUUAGAUCAAGUGUUUCCAUCGUAAUGGGCGGCCCUGCCGGCCCGAUAUGCGUCAAUACCUCGCAACUUUUUCUGAAAACCCUCCCCCCUUUGUGAUGGGACACCAGAUCUUCAGAAUUAUGACAUUGAUUCUAUUAUACUCCAAGUACGAGAUGUCGAUCGUCAGUUUAAUCUCUAUUUUCGUCACCAUAUGUACGAAUCGUGUGUUUGAAUGCCAAGAUUUCGCCUUCUGUCAUUCGAGCUGCCGGACUGUGCUCGAAUUCGUCACUACUGGUUUUGCUUCAGAGUCAGACCUGACUUCCGAAAGAAAUCUUUGCGUGCUCAACCGCCAUCUCUGAAUGAACCCGACAAAGUCUGAUCCGCACUUGAACAAUGGUUCACCCGUUUUGAAAGCAACAGCUCGCAGUGAUCAUUUAAUCAGCACUGUUCCUCAAAAAUCCCCAAUUCUUG